AUGAGUGAUAACAAAAAAGUGUUUGUUAUUGGUGGAACAUGUGGAACAGGUAAGAGUACGAUUGCAGAAAGACUCUGUGAGAUUUUACGCCAAGAAGACCCUACUCAACCAGGUUACGAGUUUGUUGAAGGUGAUUUGUUACACCCGAUAGAAAAUAUCAAGAAGAUGACUAGCAGCAUUCCGUUAACAGAUGAUGAUAGAUGGGGCUGGUUAGAGAAAGUUAGUGAUAAAGGGUAUUCAAAAGCAGACCAAUUUGGUAGCUGUAUCAUUACGUGCUCAAGUCUGAAGAAAAAAUACCGAGAUUUUAUUAGGGAAAGACAUCCAGACUGCAGAUUUAUCUUCUUCAUUUUGUAUGGAACUAAGGAGGAAAUCAUAAAGAGAGUUGUGCAUCGAGAAUCCCAUUUUAUGAAAUCUGACAUGGUUGACUCGCAGUUCCGAGAUCUUGAAUUACCGCAAGAAGACGAAGCAGAUUCUAUAAUCGUGAAUGUUACAGGUAGAACUCCAGAGGAAGUGACCCAAGAGGUUUUCCACCACGUUAAAGGUUUGUGA